AUGGCGGCGAGAAAAUUGUUCUGCGGUAGUUUUUCUUUUACAAUUAUCAUGUAUUGUUUUUAAUUGACGUGUUGUUAAAUUCAAAACGUGUUUUAUUAUUCAAUAUGGGUCAACGUUCAUUUUAGCAUUUUAUAAUAAACCACAGAAUUUGUAAGAGUUUAACACGAAUUUCAAGAUGUCUAGUGACGAGGAUAAGCCUCCGGCACCACCGGUUCGGCUGACUAGUAACCGAGGGGGCGAAAGAGGUGAUUCAAUAACUACAGUUGAUAUGAGACCAUUGCCAAAAGAACCUGAAGAUGCUACCGAGAAAAAGAAGAAAACGCUCAAAGCAAAAAUAAAAAGUGUAAAAGCUCAUGCAGAUAAUAAUAAACCGAACAUCUCAUAUCCUACCAAUUUUGAGCAUACAAUCCAUGUUGGUUUUGAUCCAGUAACUGGGGAAUUUACGGGCAUGCCGGAGGACUGGGCUAAAUUACUUGUAUCUAGUACUAUAACAAAACAAGAACAAAAGAAAAAUCCUCAAGCUGUUUUAGAUGUUUUAAAAUGGUACGACAAUUCACAGCAGAGCCCCACAUCCAAAUAUAUGACACAUGGCCAUACAACCACACAUUCUGGUUCCUCCCUGAGUCGUGUAAGCUCUAGUUCCCCUAGCAGUACAACACCAACAGAUAGUGAAGGUGGUAGUGGUAAUUUACUACCAUGUAGUCUGCCGGUUCAAAGUAGUGUUAAUUCUGGACCAGAUUCCUAUAGGAUAUCAGAAAAUCGUGAUUUAGACGAACCUCCAGCUCCACCCGUUGCUAGCCGUCCUGAAAGAACUAAAUCUAUUUAUACCAAGCCUGUUGAAGAAACCAUAACACCCCUUCUACCGCUGAAAGCAACAUUGGACAAUAAUAAAAAUGCUGCAGUAUCACCUGUUCAUAAUACGGCAAACAGUAAUAAUACUCUUACAACCACCGCCCAACAAACUCCCACAAAUAAAACACGCGUGCCUCAACAAACACGACCUAAAAAAAUGUCAGAUGAAGAAAUUCUAGAAAGGCUUAGGACUAUAGUUAGUGUUGGUGAUCCGAAUAGAAAAUAUACAAGAAUGGAGAAAAUUGGACAAGGUGCUUCUGGAACUGUGUAUACUGCAAUAGAAACCAGUACUGGAAUGGAAGUGGCUAUAAAACAAAUGCAUUUAGCCCAACAACCUAAGAAAGAAUUAAUUAUAAAUGAAAUUCUGGUCAUGCGAGAAAAUAAACAUCCUAAUGUUGUGAAUUAUUUGGAUAGUUACCUAGUUUCAGAGGAAUUGUGGGUUGUUAUGGAGUAUCUUCCAGGAGGGUCUUUGACUGAUGUUGUGACUGAAACUUGCAUGGACGAAGGACAAAUUGCUGCUGUAUGUCGAGAGGUUCUCCAAGCAUUAGAUUUCUUACACUCUAACCAAGUAAUACAUAGGGAUAUAAAAAGUGAUAACAUACUGCUAGGACUGGAUGGAAGUGUUAAAUUAACUGAUUUUGGCUUUUGUGCACAAAUUUCUCCUGAACAAAAUAAAAGGACAACAAUGGUUGGAACUCCUUAUUGGAUGGCACCAGAAGUUGUUACUAGGAAAUUAUAUGGGCCUAAGGUUGAUUUAUGGUCACUAGGAAUCAUGGCAAUUGAAAUGAUUGAAGGUGAACCUCCAUACUUAAAUGAAAACCCUUUAAAAGCAUUAUACCUUAUAGCAACUAAUGGUAAACCAGAAAUUAAGGAAAAGGAAAAACUUAGUCUUGUGUUUAGGGAUUUCCUUGAUCAAUGUUUAGAAGUGGAAGUUGAAAGGAGAGCCACAGCACUUGAAUUAUUAAAGCACCCAUUUUUGAAGUUGGCUCGGCCGCUAGCAAGUUUAACACCACUUAUAAUGGCAGCUAAGGAAGCAGCAAAAGGCCAUUAGCAUUUCUUUUAGAUUAGUUCAGUGUUUAAGUUUUAAUAUCAACUGAUUUGGAAUCCAACCAUUUACAUAAACAGUGAGAUAUAGUGAUGAAAUAUUUUUAAGGACCAAUGAUUAAUAAGUUUCUAAAAUGAGAGAAAUGUUCUAGUGUUCAUGCAUAUGUGAUAUAUAUGUGUGUAUUUUGAUGUUUUUAUAAAUUUGGAAAGGAACAGGUAAGAUCUAUUUGUUAUUCUAAAUUGGAAAGAUGUCUUGUUACCAAUUCUCCACAAUUUUUAUUAUAGUAUGUUUUUAACUAUGAUAGUCAGACAGUAGUAAA